AUGGUGGAGCUGGGGGACCCCCGGCAGCCUGGAGGGGGGAGCACGGAGAGGGAGGAGCCCUGGGAGCCUGAAAUCAGGGCCGAGCUGAGGACGGAGAGCCCGGAGGACAAAUCCCCCCGUGAGACCCUGGUGGGAGAGGCCGUUUUGAAGGGCUCCACGGCGCAGGAAGGCAGCGGGGAGGAAAAGGGCCGGAGAUCCCCCCGCAGGAGGGGCUCCAAAGCCAUCCCAGGGUGCUCUGAGGAGGAAAGAGCCAGCCUGUGCCGGGAAGGCGGCCGGAGCUUGAGCGGGAGCUCUGAGCUGGUGGUCCCUGAGCAGCCUCCCAGCAGGGAGAAGCCCUUCAGAUGCUUGGAAUGCGGGAAGAGCUUCAGGAGGAGCACUGCCCUCCUCACCCACCAUCACAUCCACACUGGGGAACGGCCCUAUACAUGUAGGGAAUGUGGGAAGAGCUUCAGUGACAGCUCCAGCCUCCGCACCCACCAGCUCAUCCACACUGGGGAACGGCCCUACACGUGUGGGGAAUGUGGGAAGAGGUUUCAGACCAGCUCCAGUCUCCUCCAGCACGAGCGGACACACACGGAUGAGAGGCCCUUCCGCUGCACCGACUGCGGGAAGGGCUUCAACCAGAACGGUAACCUCGUCGCACACCGGCGCAUCCACACAGGGGAGAGGCCCUACAAGUGUGGGGAGUGUGGAAAGAGCUUCACCCAGAGGUGUCACUUGACCAAACACCAACGGACCCACCACAGAGAGAAGCCCUUCAGGUGCUUGGAAUGUGGGAAGAGCUUCACCCACAGCUCUAGCCUAAUCCGCCACCAGAAAAUCCACACUGGGGAAUGGCCCUACUCAUGUGGGGAAUGUGGGAAGAACUUCAGCCGGAGCUCCACCCUCUCCACCCACAAGCGCAUCCACACUGGGAAACGGCCCUAUGCGUGUGGGGAAUGUGGGAAGGGCUUCUGGCACAACUCCAGCCUCCACAUCCACCAGCGCAUCCACACCGGAGAACGACCCUACAAGUGCUUGCAAUGUGGGAAGGGGUUUCAGACCAGCUCCACUCUCCUCGUGCACCAGCGGACGCACACGGAUGAGAGGCCCUUCCGCUGCACCGACUGCGGGAAGGGCUUCAAGCAGAACUCCCACCUUGUCACCCACCGGCGCAUCCACACCGGGGAGAGGCCCUACAAGUGUUGGGAGUGUGGGAAGAGCUUUACCCAGAACUCUACCUUGACCCAACACCAACGGACCCACCAGUAAGGGAAGCCCUACCAGUGCCCCGACUGCGGGAAGAGCUUCGGUCGCUGCUUCCACCCCAAUGAACCCUUUGAUGGUGAGGCAACCCCUGGAGUCCAGUGACUGUCAGUGCAUCCCUUUCGACCACAAAGGGCCAGUCCCCUUUCCCAGGGGCAGUUUCUUCCAACAGAUCCCUUCUUGGGGGGUGUGUGGAGAUUCCUGCCUUGGCUGGGGACCCCCCCAGGGUCACUGCUGGAGGUUGAGAGCAGAGAUCUCCCCACCAGCGUUGGUCUGGGGGAGUUCCAUCCAUCUCUAAUUAAGAAUUAUUGCUUUUGUGCCAGCUUGAGUAGAAUUGCUUCAACAAUUGCUUUAGUGUAGAGCACUGUCCUGUCUUAUCCUGUACUCCUGGUAGUUUUAGUGUUUCUAUUGUGCAGUAAAUAAUUGUAAUGAAGAUCUUUUGUCUGAUCAUUUGUAACCCUAAAUAAUUCAUUUCUAUAAAUAGAUUUUAUUUUCCAU